UUGCAUGUUUCAGGAAGCAGACUUGUGUGAGUUGUGUUUUGCAAAUUAAAUGGCACCACCAUGUCAGGGAAUCAAGAUGAAAGGCCGGCCGUGGAAAUGGACACUUCUUUCCUCAGAUCCAGGAGAGGAAUUGUAAAACUGGCCGAGAUGGGAACUCUUUUCGUGGCGUUUGUGUGUUUUGCUGUCGCCUGCCUGCCACAGCACAUCGCGGCCACAGUUCUGGAGUUCUUCAUCACCUUGUUCCUGCUGCUGCUCUACCUGCUCAGGCUCAACAAGCGGCUGACGCUCUUCUUCUGGCCGCUGGUUGAUUUAUUCAAUUCAACCUUUGCUGCAGUCUACCUGAUUGUCCUGGGCCUGAUUGCUUUGACUACAUAUACUGUGACGGGUGUACUGGUUGGAGGGGUAGCCUGUUUGAUAUCAGCUGCACUGCAUGGUGUGGAGAGCUACACGCUUUUCAAGAACAUCACCUUCAACAAAUCAAGAAAUGAAGCUGGACUCAACUAAACCACAAAGCAAUCAAUGGAAAGUGAACUACAGGGAAUUUAUUGGGUAACUUAGAACUAAAUAUUUAUAGAAUUUAUUCCACAUCUCUAUUUCUGUUUUAGGUUCUGAGUAUUCUGCAUUUCAAUUAUUGCUAUUAAAAACCCUUCCUCAAUACUGAUGAUGGUUCUGUCCAUUUCUGUGUAUGUUGCUUCUGGACUUUUUAAUUUCCUUUAGGGAAGUGGACCAAAGAGUUUAAUCUUAACCAAACUUCCUCAGUGUGUCCAGUCUAAACAAUGCACCCGCCACAUGUUUUGUCCCAUGCAAAGUGACAAUUAUUGGACACUGUAAUGUGUUUUUGCAACAUAGGAUAUUAUUGUAGUGAUGAAGUCUGACAGGUGCUGAAAUUAAAUCAUAAGACUGAAUUGAAAUGAAACUUGGUAUGCCUUUAUCAACUAACUUUAAUGAAAAAUAUUUGUUUCACUGUGAACUAAUUUUCUUUACUAAUGAUUUUUUCUCAAAGUAAAAAGAAAAAAAGCUACUCCAAUCCGGGCAAAAAGAAUCAUCACUGCUGUUUUUUUUUUCCUCUGGGUUGAAUGAAAUAUGACUUUGAGCAUAGUUAAGCCCAAGUUGAAGCAUUCCACAUUAAAAAGAAACGCCAUAAACUCUGCACAUUUUAACAUUUGUGACAAAUGUAACACAGCAACAAUCAAUAAAG